AUGAUAACGCAAAAGAGGUCGUACUCGCAUAUCAACAACGAAGGCGAAAUGAGCAACCACAGCGAUGAGGAAGGCGCACCUAAAAGGCCACGAAAUAAAAGUGCCAGUAGCAAUAGGUCCUUCGGAAGUUACAAUGAUGAGGAAAAUGAAAAUGAUGAAAGAAUGAGUUACACGGGUAGUGGCACAACCACAGAAAUGAGAAUCCCUUAUUGUCUUCUCCUACCCAAUAGGGCAAUAGGAUUUGUGAUUGGUAAGUCAGGAAGCAAUGUACGUGAAAUCGAAAAGGCCUGCGGAGCGGUUAUAAAAUGCCAAAAGGAAUUUGACAUCUCAGUGUAUCCGCCUCCGUCGGAAAAAAUCCUAACAAUUUUCGGAAAAAAGGAAAAUAAAAAAAAAGCAUUAGAAUUGGUUUUAGGUAAAUCCAAAACGGUUAUGGAUUUCCAUGAAGAGGAUGGGAAGGAAUCCAUUGUUAUUAUCGUACCUACUAGAUCCAUCCCUAUCAUUAUCGGACAGAAGGGCUCCAAAAUUGCAGCUCUAUGUGAAAAAUCAGAAUGCGAAAUAAAUGUGCAUAAUGAUGAUGUUCCAGGAAUUAAGGAUAAGGCUAUUUUUAUUAAAUCGAAAAAAAUUGGAAAAAUAAUUGACUGCAUAGGCAUCAUUUACGAUUUACUAGAGGACAUUGUUGAUAAUGGUAUUCUUUCUUUAUUUGAAUUUCCUGGGGUUCCAAAAAGUGGCACCGUUAUCUCGCCCUUGGGUAAUGGUGGCGGUGGCGGUGCGUUGCCAGAUGCCCCCGACAGGAUGGGUAGCGGCCCUAUGAAUAAUAACAUGCCAAAUAACCAAGUGAAUGGAGGAGGCGGAGGCCCCAAUAGCCACUUCCAUCAGGGAGGUGCACAUCAUCACUUUAAUCACGACGCAAAAUAUAACAUGAAAAUAAACGACAAUAGUAACUCCUUCGAAUAUAUGAGCGGCGAUGACUACGAUAAUUUCUCAGUUCCCAAUGACAGGAACCUGUUGUUCCACAGGUAUGGAAAGGAAGUGAGCGCUUGCGUGAUUCGCUUCGUUCUGGACGUAGAAACGACCGCAUGGAUAAUUGGAAAAGCAGGGUGUCACAUAAAGGAAAUAAGAACGAUAACAGGAGCGGGUGCAGUAAUAGUAGACGCCCCCGAUAACAUAGAAAAUGUGAAAACGUGUGAUCGUAUUUUAACUCUAUCCGGCUCGGCGGAAAAUAAAUAUAAUGCACUCAAAUUAAUCGUCAGACAAAUGGAAGAAAGGGAAAAAAAUAUCAACCAUCCUAUGCGUAUGCUAGUCCCUGGAAAGGCAGCUAGCUUCCUAAUUGGUAAAAAGGGAUCUAUUAUAAAGUACAUCACCGAUAUGUCGGGUUCUCAGAUACAGGUAGCUAAAAAUAAAGAAAGUGAAAAUGAAAAACUAGUCCUCAUUAGUGGUUCUCCCGAUUCUAAGAUCUUGGCUUCCAUCUUAGUUUUGCAAAAAUUAGAAGAAUAUGAAAACCCCGCCAUCGUUAGGGAGGGAUUGCUCAUCCCCUUGAAUGAGGUUCUUUUCAGCUCAAACAAUAACAAGUAUGCUAACGUUAAAAAGGGAAAUAACAACAACAAUAACAACAACAAUAGUUACAAUAAGAGCGGGGUGGGUAAUCAAGGAAAGCCAAUGCAUAACCACCACCAAACGAAUAUGAACAGCGACAGACAUUUUUCUCCUAAUUCCAUGCCUAACAAUCAUUACGGAAGGGCUUCUUCCCCCCACGGGGUUAACGGAAGCGGUUACGGUGGGGGUACAAAGCACCCUGAUCACCACCGCCCGAACCAUCACUAUCCGGAUAGCCACGACGACGGGAGCCACAGCCCCGUGAAUAAUAACUACCCUCACGAGGAAAACACCAUGCACAUUCAUAAAAGUAAUCACCAAAACUCACAUAAAAAUACAAACGAUAUGAAAGAUAAGGUAGAGAAACUAUUCCUCCAACAGUUAUAUAAAUCCUUUCCCAUUUCUUCUCUCCCCAAAAUAUUAUCUAUCACACAACCGUACACUAUCGAACUGAACAUGCCAGAUGUGUACCUUGAAACGUUCGACUCGCAGAAUAAAAAUGGAAAAUCCCUAAUUGAGGAAAUCAUUGAGAAGUCCGGAUGUAACAUCUCUAUCUGUACCGACUCCAAUGACUCCUCCUCCUACACUUUCAUCCUCUCCAUUACAGGUUCCCCCCUUGCCAACUCCAUUGCCAUCCUCAUGAUUCAAGCCAAAAUAUUUCAGUUCGACUGGUUCUGA